AUGAAAAUACCCAGUGAAAUACCGCACGUCAUUCGCGAAGACCAUACACGUCAUUCGCGAAGACCAGCAACGUCAUUCGCAAAGACCACACACGUCAUUCGCGAAGACCACCCACGUCAUUCGCGAAGACCACACACGUCAUUCGCAAACACCACCCACAUCAUUCGUGAAGACCACACACGUCAUUCGCGAAAACCACACACGUCAUUUGCGAAGACCACACACGUCAUUCGCGAAGACCAUUCACGUCAUUCGCGAAGACCACCCACGUCAUUCGCAAAGACCACUCACGUCAUUCGCGAAGACCACCCACGUCAUUCGCGAAGACCACCCCGUCAUUCGCGAAGACCACCCACGUCAUUCGCGGAGACUAUCCACGUCAUUCCCAAAGACCACCCACGUCAUUUGCGUAGAUCACCCACGUCAUUCGCGAAGACCACCCCCGUCAUUCGCGAAGACUACCUACGUCAUUCUCGAAGACCAUCCACGUCAUUCGCGAAGACCACCCACAUCAUUCGCCAAGACCACCCACGUCAUUCGCGAAGACCACCCACGUCAUUCGCAAAGACCACCCCGUCAUUCACGAAGACCAUCCCCGUCAUUCGCGAAGACCAUCCACGUCAUUCGCGAAGACCACCCACGUCAUUCGCGAAGACCACUCACGUAAUUCGCGAAGACCUCCCACGUCAUUCGCGAAGACCACCCACGUCAUUCGCGAAGACCACCCCGUCAUUCGCGAAGACCACCCACGUCAUUCGUGGAGACCAUCCACGUCAUUCCCAAAGACCACCCACGUCAUUUGCGUAG